AUGGCAUCGGCAGCAAGAUCCCGCCUCCCCCUCGCCCUGGGCGUCUUUUCCGUCGUCGGAGGCGGCCUCUACUGGCAGACAGCCGGCGGACGACAGCAGCCCAAGAGCCGCGACGACGGCGACUCCAAAGUCUCGAGCACAAUGCAGCAGAUAGCCGGCACCGGCGGCUCACGCGCCCGCAGCCAAGGUGACAUGCAGCACGACACAAAAGACACGCGCAUCUUCUCGUCCGCCUCGGACGUUCGCAGCAAGCGCAACCCCGACAAGGAGCGCACGGGCGAGAAGUCGCAGGCGGCGGUGCUCGAGGACGCGGCAGGCAAUUCCAAGACGGCGGGCCUCGGUGGGGGCGGAUCUGGCAAGGGUUCCUCGUCAUCUUCUUCGUCAUCCGACAAGAGUGGAGAGGACGGCAGCAGCAGCAGCAACAAGAUGGAGGGCAGGCCCAAGAGGGACAGUGAAGGAACGGCGUGGGCCACGACGGCUCAGUCGGCCAAGGACGGCGGUUCACAGUCGCUCAAGGAGGACAAGCCCAUCUCGCAAAAGGAGCGGGAGCAGCGCGCGUCGUUUUCGCCCGCUGGCGGCGGUGCCAAGACCGAGACGCCCAAGGAGAAGGACUCGUCGUCCAUCCCUCAGGGAAAGAACUUUGCAGAGCCUAACAGGGCCUAA